AUGGUCUCCGCCUCGCCCGCAAUUCGUGCCGCCCUAGAGCUUGCAACAAUACCAGACUGCGGGUACCCUACCGUUCCGCUCCUACGUGCGUAUUUCAACUCGAAGACCGCCCACUUCUACACCACGAACGCCACCGAAAUGAACGCCUUCAUCAAUGGCGCCGAACACUACAUCUCCGAGGGCGUCGCCGCGCAGAUCCUCCCGUCCGACACCCAGGCUCCACGGCCAUCCCGCUCUUUCGGCGUGGUGGGGUACGUGUAUGCGGACCAGGAGUGCGGCACGGUGCCGUUAUAUUGGUUUUACAAGGACAUGGACGAGGCCAACUUCGACUUCUAUACGACCGAAUAG